UCCCUUCUUAUUCUCGUCCUCCCACCACCCAGAACACCACUCUCCUCAUCACUUCUUUCUCUCUCUCUCUCUCUGUCUGAGUUUACUUUGUUCUGUGAAUGUAGUGGUGAAGUUGGAGAGAUAAUGGAGCUGUGGGCUUGAAGUUCGAACAUCAAAGCUAAUUUUGGCCUAAUUUGAGUUUGAAUCCUCUCUCUACCUUAAUUACCUCUGCAAUUCCCCCAUUUUGAUCUGAAAUGGGUCUCACUUCAUUGCAAGUGUGCAUGGAUUCAUCUCACUGGCUAGAGGGUUCGCUUCACGAUGAUUCGGGCAUGGAUUCUUCUUCUUCGCCCUCUGGGGACAUGCUCGCGUGCUCAAGGCCUCUCAUGGAGCGGAGGCUCAGACCCCAGCACGACCAGCCGCUCAAGUGCCCGAGGUGCGAGUCAACCCACACCAAGUUCUGCUACUACAACAACUACAGCCUCUCCCAGCCCAGAUACUUCUGCAAGACAUGCCGGAGGUACUGGACCAAGGGCGGAACCCUAAGGAACAUUCCUGUGGGUGGCGGGUGCCGGAAGAACAAGAAGGCCAGCUCGUCUAAGAAACCGAGCGAACAUCACAACAGCCCCAUGAUGAUUCAGAACCCAGGAUCUUCUUCCUCCUCAUCGGGCCGGAACCCGACUGAUCUCCACCUCUCGUUCCCUCAUGACAUACCGCAGCUCUCAUCUCACUUCGGCAGUUUGCUCGGGAACGGGUCCUUUGGGGCCGCAAACGGUUUCUUGGAGGGAAAGUUUGGGCCUGGACCGGGCCCCAUCGACUUCAUGGAGAGCAAGUUAGAGGCCAUUGUAGGGAACAACCCUAGUCGGAAUAACUAUGAUUUCAUGGGCAAUAACACUGCAUCAGAGCAAGUACAACUCGGAGUGCUGAGCAGCAGCGGCUAUGGAGAUCUGAGCGGCAAUGGCUUCAGUCCGAACUUUCACGGGCUUUGCUCUCCGUAUGGGAUUAUUUCCUCGUCCGCCAUCGAUGUCCCUAACAACGUGGGAGCAAGUUUCAUAGAGAACAACUACCAGAGUGCCAUGGAUGUGAAGCCAAACCCUAAGUUGCUCUCCUUAGAGUGGCAAGACCAAAACUGCUCGGACGCCGGGAAGAACAACGUUAACACCACGUUCGGGGGCUACAGUUUCAAUGGCCUGGGAUCUUCAUGGACCGGAAUGAUCAAUGAGUACAGUUCCCCCGCAACAAACCCCUUGGUCUGAAGUCAUGAUCAUCUGAAGUUCUUAACUCGAAGAUUAUGUGCGUUUGCAUACUAUCUGUUAAUUAGUUUGACUAACAAUUAUCCGUCGGAUAGAGAGGGCGAGCCAAUGAUAUUUUUCCGAUGGCGACUCAGCAGAAGGGUGUGAACGAGAGUUGAAACCCGAAGAGUCCAAGAAAUGUGGCUGCUGCAGAUCGAACUAGUGAAUGUUAUCACUGUUGAUUGUGAUGACGAACUAUAGUAAUUUUCUUUGUUUUAUAAUUUUUCCUAUUUUAGUAUAACUUUGUGUCUUGUCUUGUGUGAAAGACAUGAAUAUAUUGUUGUUGUUUCAAAGCUAAGCUAAGGUAGGCUACUAAGAUUUUGUUGUUCCUACGAGGAAGAUAUGGGGAGUGCUGCUGUUUUUUUCUUCUCUUU